AUUUGCGGUGAAGAGACACAAAGUCACUACAUGAAACUGUUUUUUCUUUCGUUUGAAUUCAUUUUAGGUGUUUCUUGCAGGAGAUACAGGCGUGGAAGAGAAAAUAUUUUCUUUUCAUCAUGAGGAAGGGAAUGUGAAAUAUCCAGAUGUGUGUGCGGAUGUGGAGAGCAGCACACACUGAGCAGCGCGAGGUCUAAUUAAUGUCAUCUUUAAUAAAAAAGUUUUCUUGUUCAGACAGCAGUGUGACAGUUUGGCUAAGACGCUGCAGGUUGGUCUUUCUUUUCUCACGGAUUUCUCAGACACUGGAAAUAACUAAUGGGUAAAACGGUUCCUCUGCUGAGACUGCUGGGGUUUCUGAUACAGGCUGUGAGUUUUCCUGGUCUGAGUGGUCAAGCAUCAGUCCAUGUACAGGUGGAGUUUUGCAGCUUUCCACUCAGCCUUGAGCCUGAUACUUAUACACUUUUAUUGGGAAACAAGGUGCUGAGCAGCAGUGUGGUGUGUCAGAGUGUGUGUGAGUGUAUCAUGGAUGUACGUGUGCCGCAGUCGCCUCCUGAACUGAAUUUGACUUUACAGUUGUAUGAACAGGAGCGGAUGUUGGAAGCCAGAUUCUUCCAGCUGGUUCCUUUGCAGAGCUCCUUUCUGAAGGUCGAGGUCUCUUCUACCAGUGCUGUGCUCAACUGGACUGACUGGACCAAUGAACAAACACAGCACGUGUGUGUGGAUCGUCAGUGUUGGACUCUUUCGUCUUCUCAGCCAUCGUGCUUGGUAUCAGGACUACAACCUGGAACACGUUACACAGUUACUGUAGCACAGAAAACACACGUUCCACAUGUCAAUAUCACGCUCACGCAGAAGCUGCAGCUGGCUAUAGAGACAGGCCGGUGUCCUGUGGGCUGGGUAGCGACAGGAUGGAACUGUUUCCGGGUCAGACAGGAUGUGCGGACGUGGACUGAAGCACAGCAGGUGUGUGAGAGCACUGGCCCAGGGGUCCGUCUGGCCAGUGUGAAGACAGAGACUGACUUUCUGUUUGUCUCUGCCAAACUACAAUCCCACAACCACUUGCUGCUGCUGUGGACCUCACUGAAUGACCGAGGGGAAGAGGGUCAUCUGUACUGGGGUGAUGGCUCCGCCUACAACCUGAGUGUUGCAGUAAUAUCAUCUCUCUCAGCCAAUCAGACGGACUGUUUUGCCCUUCAGAGGAAUGCUACAGGACCAGGCUACUUCUUCACCUCUAUGCUGUGUGAUGUACAGCUUCCCUACCUCUGCCACACACACUUGCUGCAGGGGUCUUUCUCUGGCUUGUGUGUGGACAGCGUGCAGGAGACAGAAGCAGUCUUCAGCUGGUCAGACAUUUCUCAGCUCCACUCGGCUCUUGGCUCUGUGCUCAGCCUGCACGUUCAUGACCAGUCUGGUAGCCGAAUCCUCACAGACCCUCCGCUUGCACACACACUCAGAAAGAGUGUGUAUGGACUCUCCCCUGGACACAUCUAUUAUGUCUCCCUCAGCCUUCAACACCGCAUUGGAGCGUCUCAAACCCUCGGCCCUGUUUUCAUAGUUAAAACCAGGCCAAACCCUCCACAGAACAUCACAGUGACGGAUGUCACAUCCAGUCAGAUUGCACUGUCCUGGGCUGCCCCUGACUCUACCCAUAAUGCUUUGUUUGAGCGAUACUUCCUGUGCUGGGUGGAUGUAGCCUCUGGCAGGGGGUGGGGCUUGUGGCUGAACAGAGGGAAUCUCAGUGCUGUGAUUGGUGAGCUGGAAGCUUAUCAUGUUUACAGAAUCAGUCUGGUGUCAGUCACAGCAGAGGGGGUGGAGAGCUCUGAGGCCACACCCCUGGUUGUCAUCACAGAGGUUAAUCCUCCACACAGUGUUUCAGUAUCAGCUAUUGGGACAGAAAACGUGACCGUGUGCUGGGAGCAGCUUCGUGACGAUGAGGUUGAUGCAUAUCACAUCCAGCUACGGCCACACACUCCAAGUCAGGAGCGCUCUCGAGAAUUCUGGGUCAACAGCUCAGGCUGUAUUACAUUGACCGCGCUUGUGCCUGGUGAGACGUAUGAUGUGGGUGUGGCUACAGAAAGGGGCGGGAACAGGAGCCUGGAGAAAACCUUACAAGUGACACUAAAGCCACAGAUGGUCCAAGGCGCCAUCCCAUAUGCAGUGGAAACGGACUCCGUGGUCCUGUUUGUGCAGAUGCCCACGAGUGGUGUUUACGAUGGCCUCGUUGUAGCUUACGGCAGGAACAGCUCCUGGAUUCCGAUGUCCAGCGGGACCAGUAAAGCUGUGGUGGGAAAUCUGAGUCCAGGAUCAGUGUAUGAUUUCCAGCUAUUUGUCACCAGCAGAGGUGUGAGCAGUGACGGCUUCAGUUUGUUCCCGGUCAGAACCUGUCUGGCACCUCCGUUGCGUGUGCGUGCUGGUGAUGUGACGGACCACUCAGUAGAAGUGCUGUGGGAUCGAGCACAAGGCCAUGAACACACGUAUGAAGUGCUUUGUAGGGGCUGUAUUGACACUGUCAUGGUGCAGAAAGUGUCACAGACCUGGGCAGUAUUUCAUGGUGUGAUUGCAGGAAAGCUGUGUAACAUCUCAGUGCGCACCGAGAAGGAGGCUUUCAUAGACAGUGCACCUGUUUUCCUUACCAUCAGAGCUUUCCCUAGCUCGGCCACAUUACUACCCGUGCAGAGGACAGCAUCGUCUCUGUGUGUGAGCUGGCGCGAGGGACCAGGAGUGUGUGACGCUUUCAUGCUGUCCCUCAGAAACUCCACCUACAACCUGCAGAUGAGGCUCAGUGUCUCUAAUGAGAGAUGGUAUAACUUUGACCAUCUUCCUCCUGGGACUGUUUACACUGUCGAGGUGAUAAGUGUGAGUGGAGAGAGACACAGUUUUCCCACUGCACUUACUCUUAACACAUUUCCAGCACCUCCUGAUGCCAUCACCUUUAUAGAACAGGAAGGAAACGCCAUGUACGUCAUGUGGACACGACCGCAGGGACGAGUCACUGGCUACAGGUUAUUUUAUGGUCUCAGUACAGACACUUCUCUUCCUCACCGAAUCAUUGUCCACGGCAACCACGUGAAGAUAAAUGACGUCAUCCCAGGAAGUGAUUACAAGUUUGAGAUCCAGUCCUUCCUGGGGAAAGAUUUCAGCCGGAUUGUCAGCAAGAACACCUCCACUAGUCCUGCAGGUGUGUGUUCUCUCUCUCUGUCACACUUCAACUCCUCGUCCGUCACACUGGCUUGGGACGUGGGUGUCGGCCAUUUUGACUUCCACAGGGUGACAGUCAGUAACGGUUCACACCGCUGGGUGUACAGUGUGAGCACAGACACUCAGGAAUACACAGCGAGUGGCCUGCGGGACGGCUGCUCCUACAACACCACUGUGGAACGAGUCAGGAACACGCAGAGCGGGACAGCUGCCACUCUUACCGUACACACAGUCCCUGCUAUUCCUGAAGACGUGUGUGUGGUCAGUGUGUCUCCUCGCUCGUUCUCUCUUUCCUGGCUGCCAUCUUCUGGAUGUUACCAGCGCUAUUCGGUCCAGCUUACCCCAGACCAUGGCAAUGUGAUCGUGAUAACUACAUCAGAUGGACAUGUACAGGCCAAUGUGUCCAGUGUGACUCCAGGAACACAGUACACAGUAACAGUCAGUGCAGUCGCCUCCUCAGGGCUGAGCUCUGCUGUGAGCCGCUCCAUCACCACCACUGAAUCGGUUCCUGCAGCACCCUUUAAACCAGAAGGAGAGCGAGUGGGCUCGAAUGGAAUCCUCCUCUCGUGGAAGAUGCCGCCUCCACCUGACCUGAGCAUCCACUCUUUCGUCAUCAGAUACAAGGAAAUGUGUCCACAUCCUGACUCCACCUUCACUGAUGUCACGAAGAACCUGGACAUCCCAGAAACCCUGCUGAACACACUCUCACCGGGGGCCACGUAUAAUAUUAAGGUUGCAGCAGUGAAUAAGGCAGGAGUCGGACCCUUCAGCCAGUCACUUUACUUCAAAACUGCAGAGGCCCCUCCUGGCAUGGUGACGAACCUCACAGCUUUUGCUCAGAAUCACUCCUCAGUGGUAGUGAAAUGGUUUCUACCGGUACGCAUCAAUGGUCUCAUCACUAAGUUCACAGUUAAAGCCAAACACGCCAGAACGGGGCAGACGGUCCGCACUCUGGAGCUCAACGCCGAGGAGAUCAUGAACGGAGCUCUGCCUCACUGCAAUGAUGCUGCAGACUUCCUGUCCCGUGGAACUCCAAGCCCCUCCGUAAACUCAGUAGCAACAUCUGCAUUGCCACCUCUCACCAUGUCGGCCAUUCCUCCCGCCUCCAUCUGGAAUGUGCCAAUCACAGUGGGAAUGGACAUGCUCCGCCCCUACACAGCCUAUGUGUUUGAGGUGUCUGCCUUCACCAGUGACGGGGAGGGACAAAUUGCCAGCACCAUGGUCCGCAUGCCAGAGGCUGCCCCUGAAGAUUCUCCACAGAAUUUGUCUGUAUGGAACAUCACCUCGAAAUCUCUCUCUCUGUCCUGGGAAUCUCCAGCCAUCAUCACAGGACGGUUUAGUUACAUUGUCCAACUCCACGGCCCUGCAGGUCUCAUUAGUGAGAACAGUACGAGUGAGCAGACAAUCGUUUACCCUGGACUGACUCCAUACACACGCUACCACAUCUUCGUCAUGGCCAAAUCAGCUGGAGCCACUGGGCCUGCUGCAGAAACCAGCAUCUUAACACCUUCAGAGGCCCCCAGUGCAGUGUUGUAUCUCAGAGCAGUAGCUCUGGACCCAACGUCUGUGCAUCUGUCCUGGGGAAUCCCCAACCAGCCCAACGGACUCAUUACUCGCUACCGUAUCCUCGUCCUGCACCAUGAGACGCUCGUACAGGACAUCACACUCCGAGGACUGCAGCAGAAUGGAAGCCAGAAUGAUGCUAGCGCUGGUAUGUUGUCAGGAGUUUCCAACGACAGUUCUCAAGCCCUGAGCCGCUCUGCCAGAUCCCUUAACAUCAGCAUGACUACUGAACACACCGCUUUCAUUCUCAGCUCCUCCAGUCUUACAAGCUUAACCAUCACUGAAAAACCCAACACUGAUGCAACAAACUCACACUCCUCUCUCUUACACACUACUGGAACAUCCAGCCUAACCCUGACCUCCACUGCUCCGCCCACCCGUCCCCCCUGGCUCGCUCUCACCUCCAUCCAAAGCUCCUCGAAGGCUAGCACUAACACUGUGACACUGGAUUCUGUGACUAAUGUUUCACCUCUGACCUCAGGAUCUGACCUGGUACCCAUUCUGAGCUCCGUCCAGCCACGGCUGUCCACAAGAGCAGCGAUCACAGGCCUGACGUUCCAGCCACGUGACUUCACGCAAACAGCAGUCACGAGCCAGAUUGAGGUUCUGCCACCCACUGAAGAGAUCGUCAACUUAUCGUCCAAUCACAUCUCCUACGUGGUGACAAGACUGAGUCCUUUUACUGACUACAACUUCAGCGUGUCCGCCUUCACGACUGUAGGAGAAGGACCUGCCACACUGGUCGCACAGAAAACUCCAGAACAGGUGCCUAGCUCUGUUCAGGAUGUGUCCUAUGAGAACAUAAGCUCCACCUCUAUCUUUGUGAGCUGGAAUCCACCUCUGAACCCCAACGGGAAGAUCACACACUACACCGUCUAUGUCUUCAACCUGCUCAGUAACAAGACCCAGCAACAGGUUACAAACUCCACCAGUAUCAUUCUCACAGGUUUGGAUAAAUACACACAGUAUAAGGUGCGUGUGGCCGCUUCGACAGCAGCAGGAGAGAGCCCUGUGUCUGAUGAGGAUAACAUCUCUGUACUGACGCCUGAGGAUGAGCCGGAUUCUCCUCCUCACAGCCUGCUUGUUUUGAAUACCACGUCGUCCACUGCCACCAUCACCUGGUCUCCACCCGAUAAACCCAACGGCAUCAUCCUCUUCUACGAGGUGACCUACAGCAAUGCCACAUUCAGCUACACUGUGAACUCGACUGUUCCCAGUGUCACACUGCGCCACCUCAAUCCGUACACUCUCUACAACGUCACUGCACGUGGCUACACACGGAUCGGCCAUGGAGAUCAGACAUCACCCACGCUACAGAUGCUGUCGGGGGAGGAUGUGCCUGGCAGUCCUCCAUAUGGGCUUGCCUAUGACAGCAUCAGCUCCAGCGAGGUGAACGUGUCCUGGUCGCCGCCCCUUGUGCCCAAUGGAAUCAUCUUGUACUACAGUGUGGAGUACUGGAACACCACACACACUCUGAACAUCACCACACACACACCGUCUGUGCUCCUGGCCAACCUCCGCAAGUAUGCACGCUACCGCCUCAGCGUUCAGGCGGCCACUCGAGUCGGACUGGGGAACCACAGCAGCGAAAUCCUCAACAUCACCACUCUGGAGGACGUGCCAAGUGGUCCGGUCCACAACCUCUCGGCUCAGCUUUACGGCUCUAUGGCUGUAGUGAUUAGUUGGGACCCUCCUCUGGAGCCAAAUGGUAGAGUCUUCUACCAGCUAAGCCUGCAGGAGGCGGGCAUAACCCACCCGUCCAUCAACCGCACGGAAAACCAGACCAUUACCAAGACAACGACCGACACGGUUUUCCUUUUCACCAAACUCAGGAAGUACUUCCCCUACGUGCUACAAGUUACUCCGGCAACUAGUGCAGGCUCCGCCUUAGACCACACCUCCGUACUGCACCUGAGAACGGAUGAUGAUGUACCCAGUUCAGCUCCAUUGCUGGGUGUGAGCAGGAAUCUCUCCUCCACCUCUAUCCUGGUGUCAUGGUAUGCGCCUGUGGAACCGAAUGGAGAGAUAAUCGAAUAUGCCGUAGUUCUACAGGGUCCCCGAGGAUCUAACAGCACGUACACACCCAACUCGCAGCUCACUCUCACACACCUCACCCCAUACACAGCCUACAACCUCUCCAUCUCUGCGGUGAAUCGCAGGGGCAUGGGACCCUCACUCAUGCUGGCUCUGCACACGGAUGAAGCAGGUCCAAUGUCUCCACCGCGAAACCUGAGUAUCUUUAACCACUCUUCUGACUCGGUGUGGCUCCACUGGGAACCCAGUCUGGAGCCCAAUGGCGUCAUUCAGCAUUAUGGAUUCAAAAUAGUGGAGCUGAACACGAAUGCUGUUAUAUACCAGAACUCUACAGGUGCCUCCACUCAGGCAGAAUUAGUUGGCUUCAAACCUCAUAGUUCUUAUGAGAUAAGUGUGUGUACUUACACUAGAGCAGGCAAUGGAGACCAGUACAGUCUUCCUGUAACCUUUACUACCCAUGAGUCAGUGUCAGAGGCGGUUCGAAAUCUCUCCUGUUUGGGCCUGGAUUGGGAUUCGGUGUAUAUGGAAUGGGAGCCUCCAGUAAACCCCAAUGGAGAGAUCUUGCUUUAUCACAUUGUCUCAGCAGAUCACAGAAAGGAAGCCUUUCCCCUAAUGCUUCAACACAAACUCUCAUACACUUUCAGUGGUCUGCAUCCCAACACGCUUUAUGUCAUCUCUGUGGCUGCCGUUAACUCAGCCGGUCCAGGAAUAGAGGCCAACUGCACGGCACACACACUGCCGGAAUCAGUUCCUGGUCCCCCGAAGUCGCUGUCUGUGGUGAAUAUUAGCUCGGAUGCUGUGACUCUGAGCUGGCUCCCUCCUGCCCGAGUCCCCGGGAUCUUACGGGGUUACAGAGUGGAGAUACAGCGUCUGGCACUAGUGUGUGAACCAGACGAUGAUGCUUCCUGUGUGGAGAGUGCAGUUUUUCUGUCGGUAAAUGGAACGGAAAAUGGAACAAGGGAGAUCACUGCAACACUGCAGCCCCUGCGUAAAUACAGACACUAUCGCAUCAGAGUGGUGGCAUGGACCAGCGCUGGAGCUGGAGAACCUACAGCGUGGAUGUACAUACACACACUAGCAGGAAACCCUGAUGCCCCACCAGCUGCUGUCUCGGCGGUUCCGUCGACCACUGGGAUGAAAAUCACGUGGGACCAACCGGCAAUCAUCUCAGGCCCCACCUCCUACCUCAUUGACGUUAUUGCUUUGUACGGUUCAGAUCAUAAUGUGACAAUAGUGAGGAAUGCAGGAGAAAUCAGGAUGGUGGUUGUUGGAAACUUGACUGCAUACACUUAUUACUCAGUUACUGUCACUGCCUUUACUGGAAACGUGACCAACGCCCGCCGAGACGGCAUGUCCUCUGAGCCCAUCAUCGUCAGGACACUAGAGGGGGAACCGAAGGAUCCACCCAAAAACGUGACCCUGACCAUCAUACCAGAGGAAGUGACCCGUGUGUAUGUAACAUUCUUACCACCGGAUGAGCCUAAUGGCAACAUCAGUGCCUAUCAUGUUUAUAUUUACCGUGAUGGACGACUCGACUUCGAGAUCCACAGCUUGCCUGUGGUCAGUAACUCGAACAAGACCAUGACUGCUGUUAUACAGGGUCUUAAAGGAGGAUUAAACUACAGCAUACAGAUAGCUGCAGUGAACGGAGCAGGAUUCGGGCCCAGAUCAGAAGUUAAAAUCAGCAUGCCAAUGAAAGCCCCACCAGUACCCUCAAAGAGGCCAAAGGUAGCCCUGAGCAGUGGAGGCAUUGUCAUGGCAACACACCAAACUAUCACUAUCGAGAUGCCUUUGUGUUUCUUCUCAGAUGACAACGGUCCUAUUCACAGAAUCCAGGUCAUCGUCUCUGAGCCAGCAGUGAUGUACUACAGUAAUGUAUCUAACUGGAAGAGUGUGUUCCUCCAAUCUACUGCCCCGUACGUGACGGAUGAAGGCUUUCCAAACCCGGAGUGCUCUGAGGAUAGGAGUUCAUCUGAGGAUAUGAGUCUCAAGAGCACACGUGCCAGGACGUACGUGAUAGGAGCGGAGGAAGGAUGUUUCUCUGAGGAGGCACAGAGCCUCUGUAACGGGCCUCUCAAACCCAAAACGUCCUACGUGUUUAAAUUUCGUGCAACGAAUAUCCUCGGCCAGUACACAGACUCUGAGUACUCAGAGAGGGUCAGAACUGCAGAUGAUCGUCUUUUGACUCGGGAUGAGCAGAUCAUACUCGGAGUGUUCCUGUCUUUUUUCCUGGCAUUGUUCCUGAUCUUGAUUGUGUAUGCUUCUGUGCGGAUCCAUCAGAGGCAGAAGGAGGGUGGUACCUAUUCUCCACGAGAAGCAGAGAUUAUUGAGACCAAGCUGAAGCUGGAUCAGCUGAUAGCGAUGGCAGACAUGGAGCUGAAAGAGGAAAAAAUCCAGCGGUACUCCUCCUUUUUCUUUAGGAGGAAGGAGAUAUUUGUCAUCCAGCUACUCAGUUAUAGGAAAUCUCUCAAGCCCAUCAAUAAGAAGGCUUUCAUUCAGCACGUGGAGGAUCUUUGUGCCAAUGACAACGCCAAGUUUCACGAGGAAUUUGCUGAACUGCCGAAGCUUCUGCAUGAUCUGGCAACAUCAGACGCUGACCUGCCAUGGAAUCGCUCCAAAAACCGCUUCACAAACAUUAAACCUUAUAACAAUAACCGAGUGAAGCUGCUGUCUGAGCCAGGGAUCCCAGGGUCUGAUUACAUCAACGCUAGUUUUGUCUCUGGUUAUCUGUGUCCUAAUGAGUUUAUAGCCACUCAGGGACCUCUUCCUGGCACCGUGGCUGAUUUCUGGAGAAUGAUUUGGGAAACCAGGACCAAAACCAUCGCCAUGCUCACCCAGUGCUUUGAGAAGGGUCGGAUUCGCUGUCAUCAGUACUGGCCAGAGGACAACAAGCCAGUCACUGUGUUUGGUGACAUUAUCAUCACAAAGCUGACAGAGGACGUGCAUCCUGACUGGACUGUCAGGGCGCUCAGAGUGGAGAAGCAUGGUGACUACAUGGUGGUGCAUCACUUUAACUACACUUCCUGGCCAGAGCAUGGUGUUCCUGAGUCCAGCUCCACAUUAAUCCAGUUUGUCAAAGCCGUCAGGUCCAACAGAGGCCACGACAACGCAACCAUCGUAGUGCACUGCAGUGCUGGCGUGGGCAGAACCGGAGUCUUUAUAGCUCUAGACCAUCUGAUUCAGCACAUCCGAGACCAUGACUUUGUGGACGUGUACGGCCUGGUGGCAGAACUGCGCAGUGAGAGGAUGUGCAUGGUGCAGAACCUGGCUCAGUACAUGUUUCUGUAUCAGAGCACUCUGGAUCUGCUGACCAGCAAAGGCAACAGUCAGUCCAUCUGGUUCGUUAACUACUCGGCGUUGGAGAAAAUGGACUCACUGGAUGCUAUGGAAGGUGAUGUUGAGCUGGAGUGGGAAGAGACGACAAUGUAAGUGCACUGAUUUUUAUGCAUUAUGCCUGUGAUGGCUUCACUUAAGACCCUGAGUGUGGACGACUGGGGCACUGCGGCCAAACACAGAGCAAACACCAGGAACAUUUAUGAAGCUGUCAGUUUGCACACACAUGCGGUGUGUGUGUGUGUACGUAUAAUCACUUCAGAUCUCCCCUGCUCACAUCAUUAACUCAUUGAAAUACCUGGUCAAGGACAGCACAGUGUACUGAAAUGUACAGUUAGAGGAUUAUAAGAUGCUGCUUCCUUUUUAUUUUUCAUUUUAAUCCUUCCCUUCUGUUCUGUUUGGGUAAGAAUGACUCCUUUUACACUUUUACUUAAAUUGGAAUGUUAUGAAACAUUUUUCCAAAAUUUGAAACACCUUUUCUCUAUUGAACAUGAAAAACAUCAUAAAAUUUCAAUAUUAUAAAGUGUAAAAACAUUUUAAAAAGUGAUUAAUAAUCAUAAUAUUUAUAAAUUAUUCAUAAUAAUAAUAUAUGUUAUGGGCUAAAAUGAUGAAAUCAAACGAUUUUUAAAGUUUCCAAAACAUUUUAUUAUUCUGUCACUUUGUUCUCUACCCUCACAUUCACGUCUUGUUUUACAUGUAUUAUGUAUUACAUAAUUUAUUUAUUUUAUUCAUACAUUCAGUAUGUUACACACAGCAGCGGAUGAAGACCCAGCACUUGUCAACUCACUAUUUUUAAUUUGUCCCUCAUUUAUUAAAUUUUUGUCAUAAAUUAUUAAGCCAAACGAGUGUUUAUGUCAGGAGCUAUAAAUAUACAGGAUAUUUUAGAGUGUAUAUUUUCAAAUGGAACAGUAUUUGUGUUUUGAAAUAAAUGUGUUUUUUUGUCUGAACUAUGCGGUGAGUCUGUGUAAUGAAAGGCAAUAAAGAGCAGCUGUACAGCUACCAUUCAGUACCUUAGCAAUACAAUAGAAUAAACAGAAUAGAGGAGCUUCCAAAGGUGAAACACAUUCAACUUUUCAGAAAAGUGGUUUUUUACUUCGCAACCAAGAAACAAACAAGAAAAAUAAAA